ACAUAGAGCAAUUUCAGAAGUCACAGCCUCGGAGACGGGAAAUCUUGUACGUUUGCAGCAUACCAACAGAGGAGUGUUGAUGAAGAUGAAGACAUCAAUUAUAUUUGCCUGCCUUUUGGGUGCAUCAUUUGCAGUGCCAGUAUAUCAUCAACGAUAUGGAUUAUCAGCAAGUAACAGCAAUGAGUUUAUGCGGCACAGUGGAAAUGCGUACAACGGAGUUGGAUAUGGGCAACCACAGGUGCCGUACAUGCCUCCCUAUGUGUACCAGCAACAACAGCCUGACAUGGGUCUGCCAUCCCAGCUGCCCCUUAACCCUCAGGUAGCUGGAGGAGCCGGACAGGGACCCAUGCAACCACAGGGGCCGCUGCCCCCUCAGGUACUCCUGCCACCACAGUCCCCACUACCUCCUCAGGUUCUCUUUCCACCCUCCCAGAAGGACCAGUCACCUAAUGCUCCUCAGCAGCCACAACAGCCCAACCAGAUGCUGCCUUCCUACUACCCCUCUGUAGUAUUCCCUCAACAGACAGGAGGACAGGGCAUGCCUUACUACAUAAGCUAUGGUUACCCACAACCAAACCAACCAGCUGUCUGGCAGCCAACACAGGAACAAGCCCAGCAGCAUCUGGAGCAGCCAACACAGACAUCCCAACAGCCAAUGCAGGAAAGCACAGCCAAACAGCCUCCUGUAAUUGGAACAGAAACUGUACUUCCUACAACUGCUCCAGGACAACUUGAAGGAAAUAUCAAUAGUGCGACUCAGCCUGGUCUUGCGUUCCCUUUUGAGCCAUAGGUAAUUAAAUAAAAAAUGCAAUAUGCACAAGUAACCACCAGGACAAUGCUGCAGAUUACUUUCUUACCUGAACCUGCAUUUUUACCAGUAAUUUUGUACUAUUAGCGUUUGAUAUAACAAUACUUUGCCACAUAUUUUAUGUAACUGUUUUAUUAUUAUGGUAUGUAAAAGGGCUAAAUCUUUCUUUUUAAUUUCGAAUAAUAAUCUUUUUAGAAUUAUUUAAACAGAAACAAAAUGAUGUAUGAUGUAACUGUUUUAGAUUCAUGAUUUGUUUAGAAGUUGCUUGAAAUGUGAAAACACCCUCAGGUAGCUGGAGGAGCUGGACAAGGACCCAUGCCACCACAGUCCCCACUGCCUCCUCAGGGAACAUGCCUCCCCAGGCUUUCCAUCCUCCCCGAAGGACCAGUCAGCUAAUGCACCUGUUAACUGACUCACUGGUGUGAGAAUGAUUUGCUCAAUACAACAAUUUAUCAGUUUAAUACUAAUGCUUUAUUAAACUUCAAUAUCAGCAUGCAAUAUGAAAAAUGUGCAUAAUUUUAUAUAUAUAGUGGCAUGGGUUCAGUGGGAGGAAAGAGCGGACCUGGUUGGAACCAGGCUGCAGCAGCUACACAGACAGACGCACAACACAGCGUGAAAGUGAACACGGCAUACAACUAUUUACAAGCAAAUCCCGCUCCCCCAGCAGUUCAAUGCAGCACCAAAACAUCCCAUACAUAAGUCCUGCGGGACCCAAUGCUACUAUAUAUAUAUAUAAGAAAUAGGUAGCUAUUGUGGAAGAAACACUAUAUUUGCUAUCUGAAUCAUAUAGAACUUUAGUACAGCCAGUAUGGACACUGGUCAAGCGUACAGGACAUAAGUGGUCUGAAUAAUGAUUAAAUAAUUAUUAUAAGAUAGCCCCUACACUUAUUAUUAUUAUUAUUAUUAUUUAUUUCUUAGCAGACGCCCUUAUCCAGGGCGACUUACAAUUUUUACAAGAUAUCACAUUAUACAUUAUUUCACAUUAUUUUUACAUACAAUUAUCCAUUUAUACAGUUGGGUUUUUUAACUGGAGCAAUCUAGGUAAAGUACCUUGCUCAAGGGUACAACAGCAGUGUCCCCCACUGGGGAUUGAACCCACAACCCUCCGGUCAAGAGUCCAGAGCCCUAACCACUACUCCACACUUGGGUACUUGCGUCCAACGUAUAACAUCUGCAGAUAUACCCGGAUAUGCCUGCCAUGUGGAGUUAUUUUGCUAUAUAUUACCAGAAGCGGGGGUUGUCCCUAUGGGUUCAUUCCAAACCGACACGUCCAAUACUCCUAGGCAUCGUACAUGAACUAUUUGAUGGAACACAUUCUGUGACACAUUCAGGGAUGGAAUAGAAUGUGUAAAAGGAAAUACAUCUGAUUGACAGCACAUUCAUAUUGGUUAUUACCACAGUACCAUUUGUUUUCCUUACUUUGAUUUGUUUCGGUCAUUUCCUGCAUCUCCAUAAAUGUAAGAAUAUAUGUGGCGGGGUACCUCGGCCCUGUGCGUAUUUUGUGGUAUGUUAUUGUGUGUAUAUAUUGGUGCACAGGGUGUGGGAUUGUUAGUAUUUAAAAUGUUUGUAUUUGGGCAUGGGGGUGUAAAGUAGUUCACGUGCAGACUGUGCCCAGACUCGAUUGAAUAAUUAACAAGCAAUCGUGUCCCAGCGCAGCUGCUGAAAAGGAGCAUGGUUUGUCGCACUCGGGUUGGUGUGUUCAGAGGUGGAACAUGAGUGUGAAACUAAAACACAACAAUUGCUACUCGCGCUAGUUUAGACUAGCACAAUACUUGUUUGCUCCGCGUCUGUUUGUUUAAGCCACUGUGUCGUUUUGUAUAAGUGUUUUGUUUGGUUUGUUCAAAUCUUUUAUUUUGUUAAUUUAUUAUGAAACGUGCACUUCAGCACUUCCAUACCCCGGACUACUGUCUGUUUC